UUUUUCUCCCAACCACGUGAAUUAAGAAUAUUUUAAAUAUUCAUAUCAAAAUUUUCGCGAUUUAAAAAAAAAUCCCUCUACCGGAUAAAGAAAGAAAAAAAUUGACGGAAGAGGGUGGUAAAAAGUAGGGUUGGGGGCGGAUACUUGAACCGCCUGUUGCUCCUCCAAUCAUCGCACGGUCGCCAUUUCCCUUUUGGUGGUGGUGGUUUCCCCCCCUCACUAGGGGUCACAUGUCUGGACAGAGAGGGUGGGAAAUUGUAAGAAGGGGGGACCAUUUUUAGGUUGGGAAAAUAAAAGGAAACGAAAAAUCAUUUGCUGCGGCGCGUUCAAAGCGUCUCGACGCCUUUUCACGGCGCUCCUCCAAGUUUUAUAUAUUUUAUCCCAAGUGUGUUUUCCAAGUGUGUGUGUGUGCCCAACUCUGGACUUUUUAAUAAUUUUCUUUUCUCUGAACAAAGUGAAAUUUUAUAUAUUUCGUGUGACAUUUAAUUCAGCCACCAAAAUGAAUAACGACAUUCCCGUUGUAUCGUCAGCCUUCAACCGUGUGAACGGUAGCAACGGGUCAUCUCUUUGGACACCGACCUCCGCUUCUCCUUCUUCCGUGCACCACCAGCCUUUCAUCUUAGCUCCGCCUCCGGCUGGAACAGCCUCACACGGCAAUCAUCAUCAUCAUCACAAUAGCAGCAACAGCAGUAAUAAUACCAACGGCAGUACAAGCACUGGCUCUCCUAUGAAAGUGCCCGUCAAACCACCGCCUCUCAAGUCCCUUCCGCCUUUGUCUGGAUACGGUGGCGGCCAAACCGUUCCGCUCUCUCCUUCCGGCCUGGCAGUCAGCAUGGCAGACCGGCUUCCUCUUCCGCACCUGACGUUGCCGUUCAGCCCGGAUAUUCUUUGGCGCUAUCCGACCCAAUUUUCAGCUCUAACUUCGUCGUCACCCGCCUCAGGUGGUCCAGGCAGUGGCUCGUCGUCCUCGGCUGGACAUCACCACCACCAACAACAACCUUCUUCACCUCAUCUUGACGUCAAACCUCACCUGCCAGGUGCCCUAGGUCCAGAUCCCCGUACAUGGGCCCGCGAGGAUGUCGUCACGUUCCUGCGCUGGUGCGAGCGCGAAUUUGACCUUCCUGGUCUCGAUCUCGACAAAUUCCAGAUGAAUGGCAAAGCAUUGUGUUUGCUUAACAAAUCCGACAUUGCCGAGAGAGCGCCCGGAUCUGGAGACGUGGUCCACAAUGCGUUGCAAUUACUUUUGCGUGAUGCUCCUUACACUGGCCGAGUGCCCAGCAGCCCUUUGACUCCUCAUCCUCACACGGCCCAUCAGCAGCAUUUGCUUUCUCACGCCCUGGCCGCCGCUGCCGCUCACCAACAACAGCAGCAACAACAGCAACAACAACAGAAUUCCUCGUCUUCCGGCUCGAAUUCCGGCGGUAAUAAUGGCGGUGGCAGUCAUCUGCUUUCGCCUCCCAAUUCAGCGCGGACUCCCACGUCGGCGUCUGGAUGGCCUUCGGCCAAUCAGCUGUUUUCUUCUGCCGAUUUCCAUAGCCUGGGCCAUUUGAUUCAACAGACCAACUCUGUGACGCUCAGUCCGGCACCUUCGGUCUCGGACGGAAGCGGCAACAGCCAGGGAGGCAGCCCGUCUCACGCGGAACAAUCUGCAGCUGCUGCGGCCGCCGCUGCCGCCAUGGCCGCUCAGGCCCACAUCAAUUUUUACACGCAGGCUCUUGCCCAGGCGCACAAUCAAGCUCAAGCGGCUGCCGCCAACAACGCCCACCACCACCACAGCAAUCAGGCUGGAUCCAACUCCGGAAGCCAGUCGGAUUCGGAAGAAAACGACAGCGUUCAAGACAAUAGCCCGGCUCGAUCGCCGGCCCCAUCGACUCCGAUCCAUUUGGUGCCUCCGCCCAUGUCACCACUUGCCACGACGUUUAGCUCUGCGGCCUCGUCUAAAAACAUGGAUAAAGACCCGCUGGCCACGACGCCUGACCGGAAUGGAGGAGGAGGCGGAGGAGAUGGACUGGAUUCGGGAUCAAAUGGUCGCCUACUUUGGGACUUUCUUCAGCAGCUGCUCAAUGAUCCAUCGCAGCGCUAUUCGCACUAUAUCGCUUGGAAAAAUCGAGAAACGGGUGUUUUUAAGAUAACCGACCCGGCCGGACUGGCCCGUCUUUGGGGCAUUCAAAAGAAUCACCCGUCCAUGAAUUAUGACAAGAUGUCUCGCGCUUUGCGCUAUUAUUACCGCGUCAAUAUUUUACGCAAAGUCCAGGGAGAACGUCAUUGCUACCAAUUUCUCCGGAAUCCAAUUGAGCUCAAAAGCAUCAAAAACAUUUCUUUGCUACGCCACCAAAUGGCUGCGGCGGCGGCUGCGGCCGCUACGACGACGACAGCAACAACAACAACGGCGUCGGGUUCUUCCGGUUCAUCGACGGCGUCUAGCGGUAAAAUGGCCGACAGUACGGACGCUUCUUUGGAGCGCUACUCGCCGUCUAGCAGCUGUAACGCUCCCGAUCAAGACUUUGACGCCGAACCUCGGCGAUUCGCCAACAACAACAACAACGAACAGGAUCCGGAAGACAACGACUGCGACAUGCCGACCGAUUUGAGCAUGGAGCGACGCGGAAUCAACGGUACCAAUCCCUACCUGACGUCCAUCAAGACGGAAAACAUGGCCUCGUGAUUACAUCGAGUUUAAAAACUAAAAAAUUAAAAAAGUAUAGGACGUAGUUGUUUAGUGUGUGUGCAAUCACAGUGCCUUAAAACAACUCCAAGAUGGCCAGCAAGCAACAAAA